AUGCUUGAUAUGAAGGUACCUCAGAAUAAAAAGGAGGUUCAGCAGUUGACGGGUAGGCUAGCAGCGUUAACUCGAUUCUUACCAAAGUCUGCUGAGAAUGCCCUCCCAUUGUUUAAACUAUUAAAGAAGGAAGCAAUAGGAGGCUGGAACCCGGAGUGUCAAGCCGCGUUCGAAAAAAGUCAAAAGAUGUCUCGCAACUCCACCAGUGCUCUCAAAGCCAGAACCAUGAGACAUUCUGAUCUUGUAUCUGGCUGUGGAGGAAGAGGCAAGCAUAAUGAAUAUGGGGAUGCAUGGAAGGUCUACGUAGAUGGAUCCUCUAAUGAUAAAGGAAGUGGAGCAGGAAUCAUACUUGAAAGCCCGGAAGGAGUGACAAUAGAGUACUCCUUGAAUUUGGGAUUCCCGACUUCGAACAAUCAAGCAGAAUACGAAGCUCUGAUAGCCGGGUUGAUGCAGGCUAAAGAACACGCAGCUAAGAGGGUGAAAAUAUUCAGUGACUCACAGUUGGUAACUUCGCAGAUAGAGGGAAAGUACCAAACCAAAGGUCCUCUACUGAUGAAGUACUUGAGUAAGGUCCAAGAAAUAAUGGCCGGCUUCGAUGAAGUACAGAACUGUGGUACAACAAAGCAUAACAGCGCCGAGUUGCGUGAUGGUUAUUACCUCGACAGAUGA